AUGAGCGAUCCACCAAAUGAUGUGAAAGAAGAAGCGUCAGCUUCGCAACAACGCGACGAUGAUAAUGACGAGCAGGAGGAUGAAGCUAACAUGGAAACGGUUGAUUUGGGACUAGACGACACCAAUGAAUCAACGCCGACGGCUGAUGACGAUCAGGACGCGUACAGCUCGAAGGUGUUCCGAAACAUCGACGACGUGCCGUCGUCGGAAGUGUCAUCGGUUGUCAAGGAGAACGGAAUCGAGAUUCCGGCGAAUUGCGAUCAUCAGACGACGGUGUCGGAAGUGUCUUCGUUGCCCGCCAUGGAAUCGCUUCCGCCGCUUCCCGAAGGCAAAGAAUUGGAGUUGGAGGAGGACGUCACCUCGAGCCUUCCGCGCCUUCUCUCCAAGACCACAUUGAUUCAUAGUAACGAGGAAGGCGCCGAAGAGACGAUUCAGAGGCUCGUCUCGGCGCUUCAUAAUGGCAAUCCGUCGGAUCGUAGUCAGAUCGUCGACAAUUUAUUCAAUUUGCUCGUCGGCGGUCAAUUCGAUCAAGAGUCGAGAUUCGUCAUCGACGAUGCCGCCAAUGUCGAUCACAUGCUCACACUUCUAUCGCACUGUGAUUAUGAUCUUCAGAAUGAGAUUUGGAGUCUGUUCCUUGCGGUUGUCAAAAAAUCGAAUAGAAACCUGGAAGCGUGCACACGAGUCGGACUCAUUUCCAAAGUCUUGGACAUUCUUCCCGAAGCGCCGCCCCUUUUGGCGGACCUUCUCGUUCAGCUGAUUGCCGCGCUCGUUGCUUAUUCGAUCAAUGUCAAACAGACGCGACACCUUUUGAGGGCACUGCGAGCAACCAACGAUCAAUGGCCUCCAAAUUCGCUGAAACUGCUUCACGUUCUCAAAGAGAUGCCGCAACGCGACAACGCCGACGUGUUCUUCUCGUUUCCGGGCAAAGAGCAAUCGGGCAUCAUUCUGCCGCCGAUCAAAACGAUGCCCUAUCAGCAGGGUUGGACGUUCGCCACGUGGCUUCGAAUGGAGCCCCUCAACAGUGUGACGUUCGAGAAAGAGCAGCCGAUAUUGUACAGUUUUCGAACGAGUAAAGGAAUUGGCUAUUCGUGUCAUUUUACGGGAAAUUGCCUUGUGGUGAACGUCGAGAAGACCAAAGGCAAAGAGCAAUCGAGAUGCAUCAAGGCUGAAUUGAUUGCUCGCCGCUGGCAUCAUAUCGCAAUCGCUCAUUGCUAUUCACGAUGGGGACGAAGCGAAAUCAAGUGCUUCAUCGACGGACAAUUAGCCGAGACUUUUGAGCUCUCAUGGGCGGUGGCAUCGGCGACGCAUUGGGAUCGUUGCUCGAUCGGCGUGUCGGCCGACAAUAUUCCGAAUUCGGCGUUUUGCGGCCAAAUGGGCGCCAUGUACUUGUUCGGCGAAUCGUUGACACUUCAGCAGGCAAACUCGCUCUAUUGCCUCGGACCCGCGUAUCAGUCGACGUUCAAACAUGACUCGGAGACGAGUUUACCGGAAGGCUAUAAGAAACACUUGUUCGAUGGCCACCUUCAUUCGUCGCUGAUUUUCGCGUAUUGCCCGAAAAAUUGUCACGGACAGCUUUGUCUGUACACACCGUCGAAAACGGGCAACAAUCAUUUCGUGCAAAUUCCGCACGCCGUCAUGAAAGAGGGUGUCGAGGUGAUCACGACGCAUUCGAUCCACAAAUCGCUUCAAUCGGUCGGCGGCAUGCAGAUACUGUUGCCGUUGUUCUCGCAACUCGAUUUGCCGUCGUCGUCGCAAGACGCGAACGCGAUUGACGGCGAUGUUUGCCAAACCCUCCUUUCGCUGAUUUCAAUGCUACUGAGCAGCUCGCAAUCCAGCCAACAACAGCUAUUCCAUAGCAAAGGAUUCCUCAUCAUAUCGAAUUGCCUUCAAAAGGCGUCGCCGAUUCAUUUGUCGAUGAACGUGCUCGAGCAGCUCAUCACAAUCGCGAAAUUUCUGUUGAGAUGUCCGGCCGGCGGGCCGCUUCUCAAGCACCUCUUCGACUACAUUCUGUUCAAUCCGAAAUUGUGGAUCAACGCGAAGCCCGACGUUCAAGUGCACCUCUACCAAUAUUUGGCGACCGAUUUUCUCGCCAACAACAAUUUCUAUCAAAUGUUGCGUCGCGUGCCGACGAUCAUCGAGAUGUGCCACACGUUGAAGCACUUCUAUUGGCUGAAAGCGCCGCAGACGCCGUCGAGCUACACCGUCGAGGAGAGGCCCGAGAGUUUUGUGAUGGCUGAUAUUGUGGCGAUUCGAAACUCGAUUCUCACGUUCAUCAAUCGUCUGAUUGUGUCGAUUCCUGGUGAUCCGUCAGAUUCGGACGAAUGCCACGAUCAGGAGGUUCACACGCUUCUCAACCUGUUGGCAACCGUUCGAGAGGAUGACAAUUUGUACGAUGUGCUCGCGCUCGUCACACGGCUUCUUGCUGAACACCCGGCGCUGAUGAUACCGGCGAUGGAUAAGAACAAAGCGUUGGGCAUCGUGUUCAAUUUGUUGUCGUCGACGAACGAGCUCAUUCGGAUACCGGCGUUGAAGAUUCUCGGAUUCUUUUUGGCGCGAUCGACACUCAAACGAAAAACCGAAUCGAUGGGACAACAGAAUUUGUUCACGCUGAUCGGCGAACGACUCCUGUCGCACUCGAAGGCGAUCUCGUUGGCGACGUACAACGUUCUUUUUGAAGUGUUGGUGGAGAAGAUGACGGCGACGUUCACGUAUACGGCGCAUCAGCCGGCGCAACCCGAAUGGAAAUUCGAGAACCCGCAAAUGCUCAAAGUGAUCGCGCACGUUAUAACGCAAUGCGACGAGACUGAGAAUAUUGUGAUGAUCAAGAAAUGUUUCCUGAUCGACGUCAUCAAUAUGUGUCGCGAGAGCAAAGAUAAUCGACGAACUAUUCUCCAAAUGUCGGUAUGGCAGGAUUGGCUCAUUGGGCUCGCGUACGUGUUCCAUUCGAACGAGUCGCAGAACGAGGUCAGCGAGCUGGUGUGGGAGUGCUUCGCGAUUUUGUUGCACCACGCGCUUCGCCAUGAGUAUGGCGGAUGGCGGGUGUGGGUCGACACGCUCGCCAUUGCCCAUUCAAAGGUGAGCUAUGAGAAGUUCAAGAAGAAGCUGGCCGAGGCGAAAAUGAAAGCUGAACAAGGGGAGACCGAUGAAGAGAAAUCGAUGGAACCGACGCCGGUUUAUCGUACACCCGACUUUACGUGGUCCGAUGUGCACAUAAGGCUUCUCACGGAUCUCCUGCAGGGAAUUGAGAAUGUUGUCGAGGAAUGGAAGGCAGGCGAAGGAAUCAACGACAGCUGUAAUGCGGCCGAGAAUCAAGUGUUCGUCUCGAACGUCGUCCAUGUGAUCUCGCAACUCGCCGACAGUCUCAUCAUGGCGUGCGGCGGACUAUUGCCGCUUCUCGCCAGCGCCACAUCGCCAAACAGUGAGCUCGAGAUCGCCGACGCGUGCCAACAACAAUUGCCGAUACACGCGGCCGCCUCGUUUCUCGUGCGAUUCGCGAAACUCGUCGACACGUUCGUGUUGAAUUCGGGCAUCUCGUUUUCGGAGCUCGAGCAAGAGAAGAACAUGCCGGCCGGCGGCGUGUUGCGUCAAUCGUUGCGUUUGACGGCGACGGUGGCGGUUCGACACAUUCUCGCCGCGCGCGUCAAAAAUCCCGGCGCGACGUCGCUGCCGUUCGAGCCCGACCGCAAUCCGCGACACUUGUGCAUUUUGCAAUUCGUCAAAGGCGCCAUUGAGAACAAGAACGCCGACGAGCUCGACGAUUUGGAGAAGCUGCUUCAGGAGGCCGACGCCACCCGAAUCAAAAGCGUCGUUUAUAGGGAUAUGGUGGAAGAAAAUCGACAGGCUCAAUUCCUUGCUCUUUCGGUGAUCUAUCUGAUCUCGGUGCUGAUGGUUUCGCGCUAUCGCGACAUUCUCGAGCCGCCGUCAUCGCCGUCGCCGUUCUUCAACUCGACGACGCGCAAUGAGAUCGACGAGCGCGCUGUCGGCGACAAUUCGACGUCGUCGUCGACGACCACCACCACCACCACGACCACCACUGGCGAUCCACAGAGGAAGGCGUCGGAGGUGAUGGCGAACGGCAACGGUAUAAUCGGCGACGAUGGCGAGGCGACGACGAGCGCCGAGAAUGGCGGCGUCGGCGGCGGCGACGGCGAAAUCGCGGCGAUCAAAUUGGCGAACGCCGAAAUGAAACGCGAUGGCAAUGAGUACGAUGAGGCGGAAUUGGCGAAACUUCGACGCGAAUCGACGGCGGCGGCGACGCCGUUGCAGCAGACGAUGGAGAGGCGCGCCUAUUUGACGACGAAACUUCAGACGGCGUUGGAGACGUGCGCGCCGCUUCUACGCGAGAUGAUGUCCGACUUUCGCGGCUAUCUUCAGAAGACGCUUCUCGGAACUCACGGCCAGGAGAUCAUGAACGACACGAAAGUUCUUGAAACGCUUCGAAAUCGAAAUGCGUCGGUUAUCGAGCUGGUGAUGCUGCUUUGCUCGCAGGAAUGGCAGACGUCGCUUCAGAAGCACGCCGGAUUGGCGUUCAUCGAGCUAGUCAACGAAGGCCGAUUGAUGGCGCACGCCACUAGGGACCAUGUGCUUCGUGUUGCCAAUGAGGCCGAUUUCAUAUUGAAUCGAUUGCGCGCCGAGGACGUCAGCAAACACGCUCAAUUCGAGAGCGAGACGCGCGAUCAGCUGCACGCGCGACAAGACGAGUACAACCGUUGCGAUUUGUUGAUCGUGUCGGGACGCCGACGCGACUCGUUGAUGGCGGCGAGACUAUUGGAGAAAAUGUCGACGAUUCUCAACGAGACCGACUCAUCGACCGGAAGUCAAUUUUGGAAGCUCGACGUUUGGGAGGAUGAUAGUCGACGGCGGAAGCGAUUUGUGCCGAAUCCGCUCGGCAGUCGGCACGAGGAGGCGUCGCUGGCGAUAGGCGAGCCGAUCGAGGAGCCGGAGGAAAGCGAGGAGGAGCGAAUCCGAAAGAUACUCAAUGGAUUGUCGUCGCAACGCGCUGGCGCGCACGGAUCGAAUGAGCUUGUCGAUGAAUCGGAUAUUGAUAAAUGGGCGAGCGAAGUGGAUCCGACGCCGUCGAGUCAGAGCGCCUGCUUCUCGACGUUCGCGAAACUCAUCGCGCCCGGCGUCGUCGUUCCCGGCACGCUGUCGAUCACCGCGUCGGACCUGUUCUUCGAUGCCGAUGAGGACCAUCCGCUUUAUAAGAAGCAAUCGGCGCAGGUAGUCCAAAAAUUUUGGUUUUAUUCAAUAAUUUAA